GGAGGGGACGCAGGGGAAGGCGUUGGCCGGCCGGCGUCGUCACUCCGGGCAGCGUAUCGGCCGGCGCGGGGCGGGCGGUUGGCGGUCGUCAGCCGGGGCGGCGGCUGAAGGAGACUGGAGGACGGCGGGGUUCCGCGCCAGGCACUACCGCCCCUCCCCGCUCCAUGCGCAAGAUGCUGCUGGCCGCGCUCGCCCGGGUGCUGCAGGGUCCGGCCGCCGCCGGGAGGACGGGAGCCGUUAGUGAGGCACCUCGAAUGGUGGUAGCAUCGCGUAACUAUGCAGACUUUGCAAAUGAAGCUACGUUUGAAAUUAAGAAAUGUGACCUCCAUCGCCUGGAAGAAGGCCCCAGUACCACAGCAGUGAUGACUCGAGAGGAGGGGCUCCAUUACUACAAGACAAUGCAGACCAUACGACGCAUGGAGCUGAAGUCUGAUCAGCUGUACAAGCAGAAGAUCAUUCGUGGCUUCUGCCACUUAUAUGAUGGUCAGGAGGCAUGCUGUGUAGGGAUUGAAGCUGCCAUAAAGCCUACAGACCAUGUGAUAACAGCUUACAGAGCUCAUGGCUUUACCUAUGCACGAGGAGUGCCUGUUCGAGAGAUUCUCGCUGAACUUACAGGUCGAAAAGGAGGAUGUGUGAAGGGAAAAGGAGGAUCAAUGCAUAUGUAUACCAAAAACUUCUAUGGUGGCAAUGGUAUUGUUGGUGCUCAGGUUCCUCUCGGAGCUGGGAUUGCGCUGGCCUGUAAAUACUUUGGUAAAAACGAAAUCUGUCUGACGCUGUAUGGGGAUGGUGCAGCCAAUCAGGGCCAGAUAUUUGAAACAUACAAUAUGGCCGCCUUAUGGAAGUUGCCUUGUAUUUUUAUCUGUGAGAAUAAUCGGUAUGGAAUGGGAACUUCAGUUGAAAGAGCUGCAGCCAGUACUGACUACUACAGAAGAGGAGACUUCAUUCCAGGGCUCAGGGUGGAUGGCAUGGAUAUUCUCUGUGUUCGAGAAGCAGCAAAGUUUGCAGCUGAGUACUGCAGAGCUGGAAAAGGUCCUAUUUUGAUGGAGUUGCAGACAUACCGUUACCAUGGCCACAGUAUGAGUGACCCUGGAAUAAGCUAUCGUACUAGAGAAGAAAUUCAAGAAGUGAGAAGCAAAAGCGAUCCCAUUACUUUGUUGAAGGACAGAAUGGUCAACAAUAACCUUGCUAGCAUUGAAGAAUUAAAGGAAAUUGAUGUGGCAGUCAGGAAGGAGAUUGAGGAGGCUGCUCAAUUUGCUACCACUGACCCAGAGCCACCACUGGAAGAAUUAGGUAACCACAUCUACUUCAAUGAGCCACCCUUCGAAGUGCGUGGCCCAAACCAGUGGAUAAGGUACAAGUCUGUCAGCUAAAGGCCUUCUUGUUGGCAUAACUUAUUCAUAAGAAUAAGUGGAUGCAUCAAAGGAACUACACUGACUCGGAAACAACCCUGAAGUUUAUUUAAAAGCUCUUUCAAAAGAAGAAAUGUGUAGGGAAAGCCAUCUCAGUAUGGAUUUCUUAAACACACUGAAUGUUGUUUCAGAAGGAGCUAAAUGAAGAGAAAGCAGUGGUUUAUUUAAAUUGCUAUCGGUUUGCUUUACUGACUUUUGCUUGGAUUGCUGUAUGUGUUAUGUACAGUUUAAAAAAAAAAAUUAAACCUUAAUGACGUUUA